AUGGGUUUCAUUAUCGAAGACUUUGGUAUUGCAGCAUCGGUAUUCUUAGGACUUUAUGUCAUUUACAACAUCAAUUGUUUGGUCAUCAUCUACCACAAAUCUUGGAAAUCAUCAUACUCUUUACUUCUUUUCUAUGGUAUGGUAAGAAUGGGAGGUCAAAUAAGUGGUGUUGGAUUUUCCAUAGCAGGGUACACCCAGUACAACUGGCUUAUUGCUUACUUGAUUAUGAGUGCCGAAGGAUAUUUUCUUCUUGUGUUAGGGAACUUGUAUUUCUUGAUCGAUGAACAGUUCAUUGCUUGGGGAGAAUCACCGUUGAAGAAACCAUUGUUCAAGUUCAGCAUUUGGAAUCGUCCAACUUUUAGAUCAUUAUUUCAUUUUUCUUUACUUCCUGCAAAUACAUUCAUCGUUGUGUCAAACACUUUACUUCAAGGAUUGAGUGGAGAUGAACUAAAAACAGACCCCCAAGCUAAAUUAUCCAAUUUACUUAGAAUCAUAGGUCAAACGAUGUUUCUUGCAUCGUCGUUAUUGGUAGGGUUUUUCACAUUAAGAAGUUACUUCAAAGGUAUCAAAACCAAGACAAUGGUUGUUUUGAUUUGUAUCAUUCCUAUAUUAUCAGUCAGAGGAGUUUAUGGGAUUUUAGCUUGUAAAAUCGACGACAUGAAUUAUUUCAACGUUGACAAUUAUAUCGAUCCGAGUUUGGGAGAGAGAAUGACAAUUUACGAAUAUGUGUUAUCCACUACUAUGGAAUAUCUUACAGCCUCACUACUUUUGAACAUAUAUUGGGUGAAGAAAAGGUUCAAUGAACCCCAUUUAAGUGAUUUAAGAGUUACUGCAGACGUAGAAUCCAUUCCUAUGGAAUCCAUAGACCAUCAAUCCAAAAGAGAAGUUCUUUAA